AUGCCCAUUUCUGAUUCUACAUUUUGUGUCAAUUCCCAACACAAACUUUUAACUGUUUACACAGAUUCGGCUCCGAAUUCUCAGUCAGAACUUAGUUGUCCCAAUGUAUUAGACUCGAUUGGUGCCUUUGACCAUGAAGGUACAAGCAAUUGCACCUCUAAUUCGGAAGCUGUUGGUAAUUCUUUCGUCACUUUUGAGGUUUCUGAGACCGAAACAUGUGCAAGCAGUUUAUCAGACGACUUUCAAACAUUUCCAGAAUACUCAUUACAUACUAAGGUUUAUGUACCAGCAACUUUUCCCAGUACGCUGUGCCGUUAUUCAGAUCAGACAAACACGGAUAGUUAUGGAGAUAUUGUUACUCAGAAUUUGAUGUGGCUAGCUGAGGAAGCUGUACAUGCACCUCUUGAUGUUAUGACGGAACUUCACCAGGAUACAAAUCUCAUGUCUAAUCUUCACCCGAAUUAUAAGGCAGAUAGUAUUUUAGAAAGUCAUUUUUACGUUACUCUUCCACCUCAUUCAGAAAUCCCUGGAGCUUCACAACCAUGUUACAGUUUCCAGGACGAAAACACUACUGAUAAUGGACAGAGUUCUGAGCAGAUCGAUAUGUGUGUCGAUAGCACAGCCCAAACUUUCUCAUCAGAAUUAGAAUUAACUUCAGAUUUAGUUCGUGUAAGCGGUUUCACCAGCCCUUCAAGCUCCGAUGAACUACUUGAUCAGACUUUUGAAUAUCCAGUCUGUGAUUUCUUUCCCACGGAUGGUCAUAGUUAUACUUCCUACGACCAUUCUAAACCAUCCUACUAUAAUAAUUUUUUCGAAGGAUUUAGUAGCGCGAUAGUUUAUCCAGAUUGUGAUCCAAAUGGUUACGAAAGUGAACAGCAUGAUUGCUACACUGAUAGUAUAUUCGUCUCCAGCUUUCCAGACUCAUUGGUCACACAAGAUAAUACAUAUUUUUCCGCAUAUUUAAUUCCUGAUCAAAACUGCGAUUCUCGUGUGAAGCAGUCGAACAGCUAUCCGGAUUCUGCGGUACACAUUCCUUUCUGUACAGCAUAUGAAACAAAUGCAAAUAUUCUUCAAUACAAUAACUCAGUCCAAUGUGCACAUACAUUUGAACUGCCUUCGGCAACAUUUUUGACCGAUACAAAUCAGCAAUCAGCACGUUAUGCUUCUGUAUACGCACCAGCCGUGGUUUACCCUUACAGUAAUACAAUUUCGGAAUCGCUUCCUAACAACACGGAGUAUCCAUCUGUGGAAAACGUCCCAGCCAAGCGUGUACCUGUGAUUCCUCCUGUCAUUUCUGAGAAUAAUAACACAGUUUCCAAAAAAUCGAAGUGGAUUUGUACUCAUUGUUCUUUGAGUUUUACACGUCCAAGUCACUUGGUAGAUCAUUUGCGUAUUCACACCGGUGAAAGACCUUACAAGUGUAUUUUAUGUUGA